UAUACACUGUAAAAAAUGAUCUGAUCAAAAAGUUAUGAUAACUUAUAUAUGUCAUUAACUCAGACAUAAAAUAAUGUGUUAUGAAAUUUCAACUCAAUUGUUUGAGUUUUCAAUCUUCCAAUUUAGGUUCAUAAGUUACUUCAAUGAAUCACAAAUUCCAGGUGUUUGAAUGAACUUGCCAUUUUAAAUUGAGUGGGCUACAAGUCUUUGGCGUGUUGUAUUGAGUGGAGGACAGCUCUUUGCGCAUGUGCGGGGGACUACAGACGAACAAAUUUACGCGCCAACAAGCAAACGAACUUCAAUCGGCCUGGUGCCUCAUUUUUCCCGUCAGAUAAGACGAGUCGUGUUGGCAUGAACAAGUUCGCUAUUGGUAAGUGUUUGUGUUUUGUAGAUAUUAAGAAUGGGCAUUGAUGAAACCAAUAACGUGGUAUGUGCUGUGCUACAACUGUGAUGUCAUUUAAGCAAGGCACGUUUCAGCGACCGUUAACGUUAGCUAGAAAACUAGCAGUUCAGUCUUUUAGUUCAGUCAGAGACGGUUGAUAAAGCGUUAUCUGAAAUCUACCAGCAUUUAUCUGAAAUCUAAAGCUUUUGUAACAUUAAACACUACCGUUCAAAAGUUUGGGUCAGUAAGGAUUUUUAUUUUUGGGGAAAGAAAUAAAAUAAAUCAAUACUUUUAUUCAUCAAGAAUGAGUUAAAAUGAUCAGAUUGAGUGGAGGACGGCUCUUGGCGCAUGUGCGGGGGACUAACGUACCGACGAAGCCAGGCCUCGAGAAGAACAAAUUUACGCGCCAGCAAGCAAACGAACUUCAAUCGGCCGGGUGCCUCAUUUUCCCGUUAGAUAAGACGAGUCUUGUUGGCAUGAACAAGUUCGCCAUUGGUAAGUGUUAGUGUUUUGUAGAUAUUAAGAAUGUGCGUUGAUGAAACCAAUAACGUGAUUAACGUUAGCUAUCAUUACCUUUUGAUAUGUGCAACAACUGUGAUGUCAUUUAAGCGAGGCACGUUUCAGCGACCGUUAACGUUAGCUAGAAAACUAGCAGUUUAGUCAGAGACGGUUGAUAAAGCGUUAUCUGAAAUCUUCCAGCAAUUAUCUGAAAUCUAAAGCUUUUGUAACAUUAAACACUACCGUUCAAAAGUUUGGUGUCAGUAAGAAUUUUUAUUUUAUUUUUGGGAGAAAGAAAUAAGAUGUAUCAAUACUUUUAUUCAUCAAGGAUGAGUUAAACAGAUCAAAAGUUACAGUAAAGACACUUAUUGUUAGUUCUAUUUUAUAUAAAUGCUGUUCUUUUGAACUUUAUAUUUAUUACAUAACAUCGGUCGCGUUAGCUAGUUCUAAAGAGCAAUCCAACAAUUCAUAUAUACAAUUUGUAAGUUAGACUUAAUUAGAAAUGUGCUCUUGUUCAUUUUUGCAAUUCACAUCACUUGGCAGCUAAAACUUUUUUUUCUGUUUUGUGUGUUUCAGGUGUUUUGUGAUUUACCAGGCUCAGCUACUCAUUUGAUGAAGUGGACUUGUAAGUUUUGCAAUUUUUCCUCAUACAUUGAAAAGACUAUAGUGAAUCAUUACAAGGACAAGCAUGGACGUGGAAGAACAGGUUUUAGUUGUAUUUACCCGAAUUGUCUUACCGUCUUUCAAUCCCAUGUGGAACUUUUAAAACAUUUGACGGACCACAAACAAGGAACCAGUCCCAUUGCUAGACUUCGUUGUGAACUUUGUACUUUUUCAGCGCCAAGCAAUAUCAAACAUUAUUUUCUUCAUUUAAAGAGACAUUUGAUAAAAAGAGAGACUGUGAAUUGCCCAUUUGUGGGGUGCUGUUUUACAUCUAGAGUAGCCUCAACUUUUACUGCUCACAGAAGCCGAUAUCAUCAGCCUUCUACAUUCAAUAAUUUCAAACCUGAACUUAUUAUCCAUUGUCAAAGUCAAGCUUCUGUCAAUGAUGAACAGGAUAACUUUGAUUUAGAGUCACCAGAUGUUUCAGUGACUGAACCUGACUCUCAGCCUACACAGAAGUCAGUUGAGCGCAGAAUUGCAUCCCUUUUCCUUCGACUGCAAGCCGUCCUUCAUGUGUCAAAGUCUGCGAUUCAAGAAAUUGUGGAUGAUUUGUUUGAUAUUGGAAAAUGUGCUGGACAAAUAACUAGGGAGUCAAUUGAGAAUGUUUUGGAGAAGCAUAAUUGCACAUCUGAGGAAUGUUUGACAUCCUUGACCGAAUUAUUUCAAAGUGCUAACCCACUUAAUUUCCUUUCAAGAGAAGGAUCUUUUGAACAGACAAGAAAAGUUUCAUACUGUUAUCUAUAUCCCUAUUCUAAAGUUACUUUCAGAUCUUCUUAAAAAAGAAGAGGUACUGCAAGCACUGGGGAAAAACAAACCUGUUGAACAGUCUGGCUACUACAAGUCUUUUCUGGAUGGUGACUUCUAUAAAUCGAAUGGAAUCCUCUCAGGUCAAGAACUAAGUGUAGCUAUUACUUUGUAUAUUGAUGACUUUGAAAUCUGCAAUCCCUUGGGCACAUCAAAAAAAAAACAUAAAAUCUGUGGUGUGUAUUGGGUUAUUGGCAAUUUACCCUCUAGAUACAAGUCAACAUUGUCGUCAAUCUACCUUGCUUUACUGUGCAAGGCUGAGCAUGUCAGGAUUUAUGGUUAUGAUCGUGUUUUGAAGCCACUGAUUGAAGAUAUUAAAUGUCUUGAAACAGUAGGUGUGUUUGUAGAGAAACUAGGGUGUAAUGUUAAAGGCACCAUCUUGUUCGUUGCUGCUGACAACUUGGCAGCACAUUCCUUAGGUGGAUUCCAAGAGUCUUUCAAUGUUGAGAAGUUCUGUAGGUUUUGUCUAGCUAGUCGUCGAGACAUACAAACGUGUGAUGUUAGAACUGGGAACUUUGUUUUAAGGUCACCAGAAUCAUUUGAUGAAGCUGUAAAUGUCUUGAAGCAGACGGACCUUGCAUCUGUUGAUGGUGUGAAACGAGACUGCCCUCUCAACAGCCUGACAGGUUUUCACACAUGCACAGGCUUUCCACCUGAUUUUUUACACGAUGUGCUGGAAGGGAUUGUGCCUGUAGAACUAAGUCUGUGCCUUGCAGAUUUGAUUUCAAAGAAGUAUUUCACAUUAGAAGAGCUUAAUAGUGAAAUACAGAGCUUCCCUUUUAAAUUCUCGGAUAAGAGAAAUUGUCCUCAGAAAAUUCUUUCAACUUUUAAAAAGAGUGGAACUGUAGGUGGUAACGGCCACGAAAAAUUGGAGUCUUGUGCGUUUCCUUACCCUCAUCAUCGGCCACCGUGUUCCAGAAGGGAAUCAAACAUGGGAAGUAAUCCUUGAGCUGAAAGACUUGGUUGAGCUCUUAGCGACUCCAUAUCACACUGAAGACUCGCUGUGUUAUUUGCAGUCCAAAAUAUCGGAUCAUAGACAGUUGCUACUGACAGUUUUCCCGGAUUACAAAUUGCGCCCCAAACAUCACUUUAUUGAACAUUAUCCUUGCCUUAUUCAAAGAUUUGGACCCUUAAUAGAGUGUUGGACAAUCAGGUUUGAGGCUAAGCAUUCUUUCUUUAAGAAGGUAGUGCGUGAUGCCAAUAACUUUAAAAAUAUUCUGCUUACCCUUGCCUCAAGACACCAACUUAUGCUUGCAUAUUAUCUUGAAAUGCCCAGCAUUUUCAAGCCUGAGAUUGAGACAGCAAAAGUGACAGAUGUGUGCCUGGGAGUCUUAGAUGGUGGUCUUAGACUAGCAAUCUUGAAUAGAUUCAGUGAUGUUGACACAGUUGGACUGACCCCUAAUGUCUUCUUAAAUGGAACGCAGUAUUCAAAGGGAAUGAUACUUUCUGUUGGAAGUACAAGUGGACUACCCAACUUCGGAAGGAUUUUGGAAAUAUGCAUUGUGCUGGAUGGUCAUGUUUGUUUCUUCGUUGAACCUUUUUCGACUUACUAUGUGGAGCAUUUGAGGAGUUACCAUCUUGUGAAGAAAAGUCCUGCUGAGUGUCUCUUGGUGAAACCAGAGGAUCUCAAUGACUACAUGCCACUUGUGUCAUACCUUGUCCAGGGUCGCCUGUUAACCACUCCUAGAACAUUCUUGCUGAAUUAAGGCUGCUGCUGAAGUGAUCCACGAUGCUGCUGCGAGUUGUCCUCUCUGAUAUGGAUAUCAGGCGCCUUUCCAUCGAAAUCACCCCCCCUAGUGUUGAUGCACUGUGCCAGGUGUUGCGUGCAAACCUUGGCCUGAGAGGUGGAUUUAUUUUACAAUUUGAGGACCCUGCGUUCAAGGAUCAGCUGACCAAUUUGACCGACAUCCGAGACCUUCCUGAGGAGAGAGCAACAUUGAAAGUGUUGUUCACAGCUGAUGCAGCUUGCUCGGAUUCCAAAUUGGAUUCAGCCAGCCUUCCAUCUCUCAGUAGUGGGGAAUCUGACUCCCAGCACUGGCCUGAGCCCUUCCCGAUUCCAGAGUUCUCGCAUGAUGUUGAACUCACGCUGCAAGAAGCAAAUGGAAGAUAUGCAAAAGAUGGAUCUGUGCUGGUGAUUCCUAAAGGUAUGAAAUCUGAUAUCCUGGACACACUUGCAGACAGCAUGUCAAAGAUAAGUCCUUAUCCUGAGAGGCAACACUAUGAGAAUGUUGCGAAAGCGCUUGUGGAGAAGCAUCCCAGUCUAAAAGAGCCAGGGUCUGGAAAGGGUUGGUACGGCUGGUUCCACAGCCUGAAGUUUAAGCUCGGAAACUAUCGACAGAAGUUAAGUGCAGCUGGAUGCCCAGAGGUGAGGGUCAACAAAAGAAAAGGAGAAGAAGCCAAGGGACCACGUAUGAAGAAGUCAAAGAAGGGCGAGGUCCACUUCUGUCCAGAUCCCCCUGAAGGACUAAGUGAUGAAGACAUGGAAGAAAAGCGGAUGUUGAUGGAGGUGGAAGUGCUCAAAAAAGACCCAGAUCACCAGCAGAUAGAUGAGCUGAUGUCUGCCACGUUCUCCAAGCGCAGAAAGGAGAUCGUAGGGGAUCAACCUCUCAUUGGGGAUGUCAUAGCUAGAUGGCCGGCCAUGUUCUGUGAGAGACAGGUUCGGACAGAGUUCAAAAGAGUCGUAAGCAUAGACCUUCUCGAGUCGUUCCUCGAUGGACUUGACGACCUGGCACCACGACUGCUGGAAGUGUACGAAGCUGCGACCAAGUCGGCAAAGAUGCCUGCACUGAAAGCCAUUUUGGACUGUCUGAAGAAAGAUGACACAAACGACAGGAGAAGGAUUGCUGCUCUGCUGGGUCUGCCACACUAUCUAAGAGAAGAGCCAUCAGACAUCAUCAGGAUGUGUGACGCCCAUGGUGAGACUCUGGCUGCAGCCAUGGAGGGGAUGCAACUUGGCCUGUUGAUAGGCCAUGAAGGUGACAACCAGGAUGCCUUUCCACGUGAGGUCUUCAAUGUGGCAGUUGUGGUUGAGGAGACUGUUGUGCUUCACAACUUCAAGGAUGUGCCAUCCAGCUUUGCCAUGCUUUUGGGGAUCAUCUACUGCGUUAACCUUGAGUAUCCACGAGCCAUGAAGUAUUCCUUUGAGUUCCUUCAGAGGGUAGUGAUGAAGAUCAAACCAGAUCAAGCCUCUGCCAGAGUCCACGGCAUCCGAAACAAGCUCCUGAGAUAUAAUUUGUAAACCAUGCCCCACCUGAGAAUAGGAUUGGAAUUCAUUUUUUUCUGUUGACAUGCGUUCCAAAUUUGAAGGCAAAAGCACUUAAGCAAACAGGAGAGGAGCCCUGAUUUUUUUGUUGGACUGAAAACAUUUAAUUCUGAAUAUUGUUCAAAUAAUGGGGUCAAAAGUAUACUGUAUUCAAGUUUCAAAUAUUUGUAAACAACCAGCUGCAGUCUGAAGUUUUAGAUUUGUUUGUGUUUGGGGUUCAGCACAGCUUUUGGUAUAAGUUAGCUGGAUCUGUGAGAUUAAUGUUUUUAAGGUUUUUUAAAUGUUAACAUUUAAAACCUGUUCAAUAUUUCAGUGUUGUAAGGAAAAAAGCUAAUGCUUUUAAAAGAAUUUAUUUUCUUUUGGGUUAAUAUGAAUAGUGUUCAGUACAGCUUUGGGUGACCUAAUGGGCAUAUGACAAGCAGAGGGCUGUGCACGUGCAUAUAGAAGGUGAGAUGUUUCCUGCAGUAAUCAUCAGUCAACUUAACCUCAUUAGGUCACACAACAAUAACAAUGAUAAACAACUUAGAUGACAGGCAGUGAUUUUAUUUUUUUUGGAGGUGCUGAAUAUAGAUAUCUAUACUGCUGUAUGUGUCUAUUGGUCUAUCUAGCCUAGAUUCAGCAUGACCAACUUCUUGGUUGACAACAGGCACUGCAGACAACUGCAGGAAACACUUCCCAUCAUCCACCUUCUAUACACACACUGAGAAAUACUUGUGGAGUCUGCUUGGGAUACCCCCUCAUAGUGUAAGCUCACACGAAACCCUUCUAUUUAUCUUAGCCUCAUUAUGUGACCCACAGCCAACUGAAGUUUGGUAUUGAUUACAAUUUUGAGAUGAUUUCAUGAUUGAAGUGUUUAUGUA